ACACACACACACACACACACACACACGCUUCUCUCCAGUGAUUUUGGCCAGAAGUUGAUGUACACGUCAGAGUGCAAGCCUGGAACUGGUAAGCGGACGUGUGCGAUGACCUCAGCAGUUUGUGCGCAUCAGCUGACGCUGGCAGACACCGGAAGACAUGCAACGGAAGGUGGAGAUGCCGAUCAACGAAGGAUUCUCCAUCGCUGGCCCCUCAACCACCCCUCGGAAGCGGCAGGUGCGUUUCUCCGCCCGCCACGACAUCCUGCUCCUGCGUGAGGUCAUAGCUCAGAACCCGUUUACCUCGAAGGAGUCAGGACGGAUCUGGGCUCGUGUGGGCGAGAUCGUUACUGCGGCGCUGCAGGAUGAGAACUUUGAGGUGGAUGGACGCAGAUGCAGGGAGAGAACUAUGCUGCUGCUGGACUACUACAAAAAGCAGGACUUUCCCAGCCUGCGCAGGUUCGGCACAGAGAGGCUCUAUGCUCAGAAGGAGGAUCUUCUGCAUGAGGUUCUAGAGCUUGAGGCAGAGAAAAACCUGAUGGCAAGUGGUGAAGGGAAAUACCAGGAUGGAGAGAUGAAGAAGAGAACACUGGAGGAGCUCACAUUGCCCGAGCCGGACAAACCCACUGUGCUUCCAGUCACGGCAGCGGUGCCUACAGUGUCUGGUUCUUUGGAGCCGGAGGAACAAGAGGACCUGGUCGAGCUGUCUGCACCCACAGCCAAGCGGCCGUGCCAGUGCUGCUGCCAGACGUACUCAGAGAUCCUGAGCUUCCUAGAGAAACGCUCAGAAGCCGAGCAGCGGCUGCGUGAAGAGGAGAUGGCGCUCCGAAGGGAAGAGCUUGAGAUCCAGAGAAGCAAAAUUGCUCUGGAACGUGAACGACUCGGUGCUGAGAGGAAGGAACGUGAGCGGCGCUUUGAGCUGGAGAGCCAGGAGAGGCAAGUCAUCCUCGACCUGCUCAAGGAGAAAGUUCUCAAGAGCGAAAAGAAUUCUGAGUGCUGACUUUCAGAAAAAAAACUCUGCUACAGUUCCGGUAGCUUGGACUCAUUUUGCUAACCUGUUGCUAACUUUCUCCUCACAAACUCUUCUUCUUUUUGCUCAAGAGUUUGUAGAAUUAAUUCUAUCAAGUAAUAGCUGUUUCAAAUACUUAAAAAAUUGGACAUUGUACAUAAAUUUGGAAUCUAAAUGUAGUAUCUAGCUAACAUCUAGCUAGUGAUUGGCUAAAUAUUAAUUUAUAGAUUGUAGCACUUUAAAAAGGCCACAUCCCAAACACUAGUGCUCACGUUUAUGGCUGGGGUUUUACAACAACAACAUCUUAGUUAUUUUCUAACGAAAACAAAUAAUUAAGACUAAAAACCCACCAAAUCAAAAUUUUGAAAUUAAAUGUAUUACAUGACAAUUUAAUAAGAAUUCAGUACAAAAUUUUAAAACCAUAUAAGUAAUUAAGGACAUAUAAUGAUCUAAAAUAUAUUCUAUCCACAAAAUCUUAUUUAUCACAUUUAGCCCAGCUUGAGUUUUUAUUUGAAGUGAAUUAUAACAAAUCAUGGUCGUCGCUAAAACACACAAUUGUUGCACAAAUUACAAAUCCUGAGCAGCUAGUCACUAGCAUUUUUCAUGCUAGUAUUUCAGGACUUUAAACACAAACGUCCUACAAACGUAGCUACGUUUCCCUUUUAUUUCUGUUAAAGAGAGUUAACGAAUUGUAGAGAAUUGUAAAGCGUAAGCUAGCUGAUAAUGUCGUUCUAUACACCAGACAAAUGAAACAGAAAUCCUCACACGGUUUUAUUUUUCUCAGUGGUGUAACGACCUUUUAGUAAAACAUCUGCGUAAAGUUCUUAAAAAGGAAUGCUUUACAACUUAUCUGAUAUAACCGAUUCGGUUUAUGUAGUGAUUAGCAGGAAAUGACGAAUCUUUAGCUAGCAUUGCUCUGGAAACCUUAGCUAGCUAUGCUAACAGAGCGAAGUGAGAAUACCAAUUUUGCACCUUUACGAUUAUUAGUAUUAUUAUUGUUAUUGUUAUUAUUAUUUUAUAUUAUUUAGCACAAAUUGUGUUGUUUUAGAAUUUCAAAUACUUGUAGCAGAAGAAUAAAGAAUUUGGUCAUAUAUUCUUAAGAAUAGUCUUUAAAGUUUGCUAAAAAAUUGAUAAAAGUCUAUGGGGGACACUUACUUUCACCCAGCUGUGGAAAUCUGUGAAACUUAUGUGUGACAUUUCUGUGUGUUAAAUUCUAAACUAUAGUGUUUAGGAGACAAGGACAUGGGCGUCUCUGGGUCAAAAAGGAUGGAGCUCAAGUUCGGAAAAAAAGUUAGUUGGCUUUAAAGAUAACUCUGUUUCCAACAGCAUUGUGCUAGCAUUAGCUAGCUAGAUGUAGUUCAUGUAAAAUACCCCUCUAACAGGGGUAAUGCUAGCUAAUGCUAGGUAAUGCUUUUUUUAAGGCCAAGUUUACUAGCGCAUGAGCAUAAUGUUAUGCAAACAAUUCUAUUGUGUACAUAAUAUCAGUAGCCAAGCUUGUUAGCAAGCUAGGAAACAUUGGGCUAAUUAAUUUAUUUAUUUGUUUAAUAAUAACAUUAACGUUAUUAACCAGCAGCUAAGUUUGUCAUGUUUGUAAAUCAUUUUAUUUUAUUUUAUUUAUUUUAAGAAUAACUGUCAAAAAAGAGUGAAGAAAAAAAAAUGAUAGAACAUAUUUAACGUAUGGUGAUGAUGUCAAAUGAUCGUUUGUUAUUAAACUUAAGCCCCGCCCUCCUUGACGUUGCAACACUCACUAUUCAGCAGAUUCAGGACUCAUUUAAAUGCUGUAAUGUCGUUGCAAGUUGUUGUUUUUUUUGUUUGUCUUAUUUUUGUUUUAAUUAAAAAUCCAACUGUUGCUGCAUGACGUAAAUGACUUUAAGGAUGUACAAUCACAAUUUUUUGGGUUUGGAAGCUGCUGUAGAUGUAAAGUUUGUUACAUUUGUCUGAUUCUCUGUACAGUCAUAUGUUUGGUGUAAAACGAUGCAAAUACCUCGUCAUGCAUCUCGUAGCCAAGUCUUUCUUACAUUUCCCCCCAUGUCUUUGUUGCACUCAUAGAGUUGAAGUGACUUCCUGGUGAAAAGCAAUGUUAAUUAUAUAAUAUUGACGAGAAUAUUCCAGGUCUUCGCUUGUACGUAUUUUUAGUGAUAUUAUUUUUGCUAAAUGAAAAUUAAAAUAAUAUGAUACUACUGAGAUGUAACAUGCUGUAGAAUUAUUUGGAUUACACAGCUUUAUAUUAUGAAUAAAAGUUUGAAUAAUUGCUUUGCA